AUGAUCUCCGCAAGCCGCGUCCACUUCCUCCUCUACGGCGUUGGGUGCUUCUGGUCCCUACUCGUAUGGUGUGUCGCCGCCGGCCUCGUGGGCAAGUGGAACAGUAUGACCUACUAUGACUCGUACUACAGGUUUGACAGCGCAAAUGCCGUACUUGCAUGGGGCCUCCUCUUGUGGCUGUACUACACUGCAGCCCUCGCUGUACUCAUGUUCGUGUCACCCGCCAACCCGUUCCUCUCCAUCAUCGCCGACGUUUGCAUCCUCUUCUUCUUCUUCGUCUUUGGUAUCGGCUCGGUCGGCUCCCUCUCUUCUGUUGCAGGGGCGUUCCGUGCUUACUCGGGCUACACCGGUGUCUCUAGCUUCGGGAGCCUCGGUAACGCUACCAUCGCCCUCGGAUGGCUGCUCGUAUUCAUCGUCCUCGGCACCCUCAUCUUCGAGGUGUACUACACCGUCAUCAACUAUGGCAAGGACAUGUCUGUUUGGCGCCAGAGCUUCCACGACCUCACCACUGGUGGUAUGCCCCGUGGAGAGAAGCCCCCCGCCGCGCCGCCCGUCAACGUCGCCUCGUCGUCGGCCGUCUAG